CCAGUGCCAUGUUGGUGUUCCCAGGUGGCACUGUGUCUCUACCAGUGCCAUGUUGGUGUCCCCAUGGGGGUGACAACUUAGUUGGUACCAUUAUGGUGUCCCCAUAGGGCACUAUGGCUCGACUGGUGCCAUGCUGUUGACCCAAUGGCGCUGAUGGCUCUACCAGUGCCACGUUGGUGUCCCCAUGGGGCUGACAGCUCUUCCUCCCCUCAUCCCACCCCCUCAGGGCUGUCCCCCACGUUGGCCAUCCACGUGUACACACCACGGGAGGUGUACGGCACCGUGGGCUCCCACGUCACCCUCUCAUGCAGCUUCUGGUCCAGCGAAUGGAUCUCAGAGGACAUCUCCAUCACGUGGCACUUCCAGGCUGAGGGCAGCCGUGACAGCAUCUCCAUAUUUCACUACGCCAAAGGCCAACCCUACAUCGAUGACGUGGGUUCCUUCAAGGAACGCAUGGAGUGGGUGGGAAACCCCCGGCGCAAGGAUGGAUCCAUCGUCAUCCACAACCUGGACUACACCGACAACGGCACCUUCACCUGCGACGUCAAAAACCCUCCUGACAUCGUAGGGAAAUCCUCCCAGGUCACUCUCUAUGUCUUAGAGAAAGUCCCCACUCGUUACGGCAUCGUUCUGGGCUCCAUCAUCGGCGUUGCCCUCCUGUUGGUGGCCCUGCUGGUGGCCCUGGUUUACCUGGUGCGUUUCUGCUGGCUGCGCAGGCAGGCGGUGCUGCAGAGACGACUGAGUGCCAUGGAGAAGGGGAAGCUGCAAAGAUCCGCCAAAGACGCUUCCAAGCGCAGCCGGCAGGCUCCCGUGCUUUACGCCAUGCUGGAUCACAGCCGCAGCACCAAAGCGACCGCCGAGAAAAAAACCAAAGGAGCUCCGGGUGAACCCCGAAAGGAUAAAAAAUAGCGGUUAGAGGGCAGGGAAGGUGCCCCAACCUCCCCUCCAGAUGAGGAGAGCACCGCAGGACCCCCCAAAACCCCAAAGGUGGUGAUGACCAUCGAGAUGGAGCUGCGGGGGGAGACCCCAACAAGCACCCGCUCCCCAUCGCGGGGCAGCUUGGUGGGCGCCCUGCGGAGCAUCCUUCACCCCAACCGUGUGGGGAGGUGACCCCCAA